GAGAGAGAGAGAGAGAGAGAGAGAGAGAGAGAGAGAGAGAGAGAGAGAGAGAGAGAGAGACUCCUCUGUUGGGGAGAAGAGAAAGAAGAGGGUAUCGGGCAUGAACGGCGAGGUAAUCGAUCGAAGAAGAAGAAAAGGAGAAGGAAAUUGUGGGGAACAGCAGGGGGAGUCAUCUCCAUCGCGUGCGCCGAGCUCUAUUCGGAGAGAGGGUCCCGGCGGCGGAUCCGCACCGGAGUGGGAGGAGGGGCUGACGAUCCAGGGGCAAUUCGGGGCAAAGCUGAUUCCAGCGCUUGGGGGUUCAUCUACGCGGCGCAGUCUCGAUCUCCUGCCGCGCAUUCCUCCCCCUCUCCCAGGCGGGGGGGCCGGCAAUAUCACUAACGGUAACGGUAGCCCGGCUGCUACAGGUAGCAACUCGACCCCGCGCCGACCGCUUUCUGCGCCCAUCCGCCGACCGUCGUCAUUCUCGAUGGAACUAGCAAACGGGGUGGAAACACAGAGAGGAGGGCUGCAGGCGGCGCCAGGCUCCCCAACGGCGCGUGGGGGGGGAGUGCGGGCGGGGCGAGGGCCACUUCAAGGCGACGAAACAUCAGCAAGAGCUGCCGAUGGUGGGGGGACAGCUCCCCCCCCUCAUUCCGCCGGUGCUGCGGCGGCGGCUUCCCCCACAUUCGGCGGUCGAAACUUCCCUGGUCAGAUCAGGGAAACUUCAUCGACAGCAAAACAGUACGGCAGAGGAUCGUCCUCCUCCUCCUCAUCUGCUUCCGCGGGUGCCAGCGAAGGGGCUGCGGAAGGCGGGGAGAGUUAUGCGCAGACCGCGCCGGCCAGGGAGAGGGAGAGGGAGAGGGAGGCGGAGAGGGAGAGGGAGAGGGAGAGGGGCAACCAGCGGACAUCUCAGAGCCAGAGCUUUACCACCGCUCACACUCAGAGUCUGACCACGGUAAGCGCUCCGCCAUCCAUAGCGCGGACAUCAGGGGGGGAUGAUCGAACGGUCAGCACUUCAUCGUUCUGGUCGAGAGGAAUCUCGGUGGAUGUCACAGGCGCCGCGUCGGAGAUGUCGGAUCGCACAGAGGCAGACGUGAUGACGCGCGUAUCGGGGAUGGUGGACAUUCUCAAGUUGAGCUGAAUGAAGUGCGGUCAGAUGUGUCUCACAGAGUUGCAGUAAAGUUAUCCUUCAGUC